AUGCAGAAAGCAGUCAAAGAAUAUUGGUUCGUACGUAAAAAUCCAAAUCACCAACAACAGAAAAUUAAGCCCUUUUCAAAUCCUUGCAAACGUUAUCACGUCGAUACCUAUCUCACUAUACCCAUACAACAACAGCAACGGGCUGUACUUUUAAUUGCACUCAUAUUGUUGCAACAUGUUGACUUGUACAUGAGUCAUCACAUACCAGCAAAUAAGCGAACAUCUCAGAAUAAUGAUAGCAGUCGUGAUGACGCGCACUACCUACGAAAUCGAGCACAUGCAAAUGGCGACAGCAUUGGUUAUACCACCGCCGAGAGCGAUAUUGCAGAAAAUAUUAACCAUAGAGACACACGAAGUAGUGAAGUUGGAAUGAAAAAACGUCGUAUUGAGAGUGGACAGCCUGAGGAGAUUUUUAGUUUUGACGAUCGCAUCGAAGCCAAUUAUGAUGAGUAUCCGAUGGUGGUACCAAAACGAGCUGCUCUUUUGCUUGACCGACUUAUGGUUGCGCUUCAUCACGCACUUGAGCAGGAGCGUAGCAAAAUAAGCGAUUUCUAUGCAGAACGCAAUGAUAAAUACGUCAAUUCGAAGGAGGGGAAUGCUCCUAGUAGCGAUGAUGAGACCGAGCAAGUGAGUGCAAAUCAUAUGUAUAGUGACGACGAUCCCUCGGUUAUGAUGGACUACGAUUUCAAAGAUUUGAACUCGAUAAAUCGCGCCACUGGCGAAACUUUAAUGGCAAAGAGCUUUCAGAGAAGAGGAGGCAUGAGUUCGGAGUUAGGCAGCGGCCUGGGUAAUGCCGAAGGUGUAGCAAUGCUGACGGCAGCGGCAAGGACAGAUGCGAAUGCCGGUGGGUUAGGCGGCGGUGUUGGGCGCAGUGGAAUUGGCAAUGGUGGACGUAUGUACUGGCGUUGCUACUUCAAUGCAGUAAGCUGCUUCUAG